UUUGUUGCGUUUCAGAUUCGAGUGAUCAUGUAACCGUCCCACAUGCAACAGUUCUCGUCGCGUAAGAUUUCGAUCACUCGAGCAGUACAUCCGACACCUUCCAUGUGCCAGUUAUGGCCUACAAAAUCCACUGCGUGUCUGCAUUAUGCGUAAUUAUAUCGACUGCUGUGACGAGCCUUUCGUGUUCCUCUACAUUCGAUGCUGCCACCUUGGAUCCAUUAGGACUUGUAUACCGUCGUCCGGGAGACAAUCUCACGGUGACCUGCAUUGCAAACUUCUCUCACUCACAGUUUUCGGAUCCCCAACGAUAUGGCCCCGAAGACUUGGUGUUCACGCGCGUUCGGCAAGGUUUAGAAAGUGGGCAUUUGCCGUCACACGUACUCAACGAUUCAUCCAUUCAAACUGUGCUGCCUAAUUUAACGUGGAGUGAUGCUGCCCGUUAUCUGUGUAAGCUCAGAAGUCAUGAUGGCACAACCAAAUCGCUAUGUUCAUCGCAGCUUUUCAUCGGCCUGGAUCCUCAACCUUUGUUGGAGUUUCGGUGUAUCUCCAUGGGUCUAGAAACGUUAGCGUGUUCCUGGGUUGUGCCACCCUUGGUGAUCAAUAACACGGUUUACAAAGUCGGUUAUCGCAUUUACAACGACUCUCGGGCGAUAUACUAUGGAUGUGAAAAGACGACGAGGUCCGUGUUGUCAGAACCGAACCGAUUCAAUUGCACGUUCAACGCGUCAAAUUACAACUUCAACAGUGAAACCCUGUACUUCUUCAUAGAGGCGUCAAGUCCGUUGAACGAAACUUUCACUCAGUUACCAGUUGUAGAGUUUCACAACUUCAGAAACGUUCGUCCCCAUCCCCCGGAAAAGUUACGCGUUUUGGACAUCGGUCAACGCAAUGCUUCGAUUUCGUGGGAAAUCAAAGACAAGCUCAUCAACCUAAUGGACGCCAAUGGCUUGUUUCAUGAGAUAAGUCUCACUUCGGACUUCGAGGAAGACUGGGAUUUCGAACAAGUGGAGACUACGUUGGAGAACUUGAAGGACCUGAGUGUGGUACAUACGCUCACAAACUUGAGUCAUCCAUUCGCCAAGUACAAAGUGAAGGUGCGGUCAGUGUGUGGCCUAGCCGAGGCCGAGGAUUUGUGGUCUGGCUUUUCCGACGAAAUGGAGUUCACGACGCUGCCAGAUGUGCCGGGAGAGGCGCCGGUGGUGCCUGAAGGUGCUUACUACUUUGACAAAGACGACGGUGCUUUGACAAUCUACUGGGAAAAGGUGUUCAUGUCCCAGUGGAAUGGCCCGAAUUUCACCUACGUCGUCGAUUUUAGUGACGGUAUGACUCAAAAACGGAUCGAGACGAGCGGGGAUAGUUUUGUGGCUAAGCUCGGAGGGUCUUCGUACUCACGCGCCCUCAACUUUUCUGUCUCGGCCAAAAACAGCGUCGGAAUGUUGCGAGGACCAGUUGUGCACGUACCGGUUUGGCGCCACGGUCAUGUGAAGGUGAAGGUGGAGCUGUCGAAACCUGGGUCUUACCGCCUUUCUUGGACCCCCUUGGACUUCAUGGAGUCUGUGCACAAUUACACGAUAUUCUACUGCGAGAAGAAGCCUGCUGACGAGCACAACCAGAAGUGCAAAACGCAGCCACAGAGGAAAACCGUGAACGGAUCUGUGACGUCGGACACUAUCACCUUAUCUGAAGACCAAUUCUACUUAUUCAGCGUCAAUAGUCACUCGGCAUCAGGCUCGAGUCCACUGGCUUGGUUCACUAUCAAUGGCGAGGAGGCGGAUAGUGGAGGUUCGCCGACUGUGUGGAUCGUCGUUGGGUCAGUGCUGCUCAUGGCUUUGCUGGUUGCCUCCAUUCCAGGACUCAAGUGGGCAAGGAGGAAAUACAAAGCGAUUACGUCUGUGAAGAUCAACGUGCCGACGAUCAGCGAAGAAGGAGGAAAAAGUGCGGGCAAUGACUUCUGGAUUGACAAGCACGUGCCGUUUUCGUCCAAGUCGAGCCACGGACCCCCGUUGCCAACAUUGGUGCUUGCUGGUGGCCGGAAGCCGAGCGGCGGAUUCGUUCCUCCGGAUCUCUACAAAGCAGACAUGCAUGCGUAUGCGUUUAUUGACUCUCCGGGAAAAGAACCCGACGCUUUGUUUAAUGGGGAAGCCAAAGACGGAGACGACACGUUUGAUGUGACAGACUUGACGCUGGAGUGCGUGGACCCCGUGUCCGACGAGGAAGCUUUCUCUGAAGACGCCCACUCGAUGAAGUCUGAAGCGAAGGUCACUACAGUGACGCCGGGCUAUGUGGAAGUGGGCAUCGAAAAAGACGCGGGUCAACGAGAACAGCAUCGGCUGCAUUACGUCGUCGUUGGCGACGACCGGAUAGAAAAAGCAGGCGUCCGACACGAAGAAGAAGAAGAAGAGGAGGAGGAAGUUGACGGUGGCGGUGAUGCGAGAAGUCGACACCGGACGCCGUCAGAGUCCGAGUCUGGUUACUCGGGAGAUGACGCGGGAAAAGAUUCGCCUCCGCCGACGACGACGGCGAUAGGAUUGGGCUACGUGACGGCAGCCGUAGUUGUCGUUCCGCCCCCGGUCUCCGACUACGUCCUGUCGUUUUAAUGCCGCGUUUGCUUGUGAAUCGCCGUGCCACAAUUUCUUGAUUGAUUUUUGUUUUGGGUCGCAUGAAGAAAGAAAACGAGUGUGUGCGAAGAAGAGUGAAAAAAAAGGUUUGAAGGUAUAAAAAGAAAUUUUGACGAGAAAGGACGACGUCAGGAAGAGCUGCUCAACUCUCGAUUUUUCGUAAUUCUGGAGGAAACAAUUACUCGCGGAUCUAUUCAAAGUAUUCUUGCGCUCAACUCGAGAAAGAAAUGUCGAUCCGCUCACUGUUUUCUUCGUGUAUUCUCACUGUGAUUUUACGUAAAAAGAAAAGCAUUCCUGUUCGCCAAGUGCCUCCGGGAGGUUCAGGAGUAUUCUAACCGGAAUGAUUCCAUCCGUUUUUUUCCGUCGUAAAAGUUCGUAGUGAAGCCUACGUAAGUUGAUUAACAAUUCUUUUGUUUUAUAUAUGUAUAAAAAGACACUUCGUGGCAUAAAUUUACUCAACUUUAAAGAUUAAACAAAAAAUUGUCGCGAUUUUUUUGUGUUCAAGGAAAAAAGGACGUGUUUCGCUUUUUGAAUUUUUUGUGGAAGAUAUUUGAACAAAAAUUGAGGGAGAAAAGCGGCGCUCAAGUGGGUUCUCUUGGUGAAAAUGUUGUGCCUGUGGAGCGACGAUUUCUUUUUUUUUUUUGUGGAGC